AUGCUGCUGGCAGAAAUAGGUGGUGAAGAUUAUGAAGAUGUUGAGUCGAAUUCCACCAAGCUAGAAAAAAGUUAGUACAGCAUUAUAAGGAACGAAUAAAAAUUAUUAAAGGAAAGACAAGGCGUGGUAACCUGGUAUUCAUCAGUGAAAUCUUGGAUGAAGAAGCAUUUAGAAGAGAAAAUUUAAUGAAAUCUAAGAUAAAGGCCAAGAUUCGGGACGUAGCGUUUGAACUAAGACAAUCGAUUAUAGAUGCCGAGAAAUUAGCAAUGUCAGAUGAAGUGAAGCUUGCUGAUAUAAUAAGAGAAGUUGAAAUUCCUGAUAUAUUGUUGGAUUUUUACACUUACCUCAUAGGUGGUCCUGAUCAAAGAAUCGCAACGGAAGCAGAGAAAGAUUAA